UCCUUUGGUCACUGUCGAGGAUUUGAAGGAGCUCUUUGGCGAGAAGAAGCUUCCUGGGGCCGAGCAGGUUCUGCUCAAAUCCGGCUAUGCUUUUGUGGACUUCCCCGACCAAAAACUGGGCCAUAAAAGCUAUUGAGACACUCUCUGGUAAAGUUGAAUUACAUGGGAAGGUGCUUGAGGUAGACUACUCUGUUCCCAAAAAGGCUACGGAGUCGCAAGAUCCAGAUCAGGAACAUUCCCCCUCAUCUACAGUGGGAGGUUUUGGAUGGCCUUCUAGCUCAGUAUGGUACUGUAGACAACGUGGAACAAGUUACCACGGACACAGAAACAGCUGUGGUGAAUGCCACAUACUCAACCAAGGAGGAGGCCAAAGUAGCCAUAGAGAAGUUGACUGGUCAGCAGUUUGAGGGCUACUCCUUCAGGGUGUCGUACAUCCUGGAUAUGGAUGCAGCUCCGCCCCUACAGGCCCCACGGAUGCGUCGGGGAUGUCGGUCGUCCAGGGACCAGGACGGGCCCCAGCCAGGGCCCUCGGGGGGCUUCGGAGGGCCCCGACACAAACAGCAUGACUUCCCCCUCCGCAUGCUGGUCCCCACACAAUUCGUAGGAGCCAUCAUCGGCAAGGAGGGCCUAACCAUCAAGAACGUCACUAAACAGACACAGUCCAAGGUGGACAUUCAUCGUAAGGAUAAUGUGGGAGCAGCAGGGAAGCCCAUCACCAUCCACGCCACCCCAGAGGGCUGCUCCUCUGCCUGCCGCAUGAUCCUGGAUAUCAUGCAGAAAGAGGCCAGCGAGACCAAGGAGGAGGAGGAGAUUCCUCUGAAGAUCCUGGCCCACAACAGUCUGGUGGGACGACUGAUCGGUAAGGAGGGAAGAAACCUGAAGAAGAUAGAAGAAGAGACAGGGACCAAGAUUACUAUCUCCUCGUUACAGGACAUAACCAUCUGUAACCCAGAGAGGACCAUCACAGUGAAGGGCAGUAUGGAGGCGUGCUGUAAGGCUGAGGGGGAGGUCAUGAGGAAACUGAGGGACGCCUACGAGAACGACAUCGCUGCUGUUAACCAACAAACCAACCUUAUCCCGGGGCUGAACCUGAAUGCUCUGGGAAUCUUCUCCACUGGUUUGUCUGUUUUACCGCCAGCAACAGGCCCCCGAGGAGCACACCCCGGACCCUUCCUAUGUCCCUCUUCACAUCUUGGUGGUUUGUAUGGGGUUCUACCAGCCAGUGCCAUACAGUGCCAGCACUCACAGUCUCCAGAGCAGGAGGUGGUGUAUCUCUUAAUCCCAACCCAGGCGGUAGGGGCUCUGAUCGGGAAGAAGGGGCAGCACAUCAAACAGCUAGCACGCUUCGCUGGGGCCUCCAUCAAGAUCGCCCCAGCAGAGAACCCUGGCGUCACUGAGAGGAUGGUCAUGAUCACCGGACCUCCAGCAGCUCAGUUUAAGGCCCAGGGCAGGAUAUUUGGGAAGCUGAAAGAGGAGAACUUCUUCACAGCGAAGGACGAAGUGAAGCUAGAGACACAUAUCAAAGUUCCCUCGAAUGCAGCCGGACGCGUCAUCGGCAAGGGAGGCAAAACCGUCAAUGAGCUGCAGAACCUGACCAGUGCGGAGGUCAUCGUGCCUCGAGACCAAACGCCAGACGAGAACGAUGAGGUCUUCGUAAAGAUCAGCGGGCAUUUCUUCGCCAGUCAGUCUGCUCAGAGGAAGAUCCGUGAGAUCAUCCAGCAGGUGAAACAGCAGGAACAGAAACACCAGCAGCAGGGAGCUCCCAGCAUGCACCACUCUAAGUGACCAGCAGGUAGAGCGGUGCGGCUCCCUCCCCCUCUCUCUCUCCAGCGGGCUCAAGCCAAUGAAUGUAGCCCUCCCACCUGGACGGACGACCAGACCAGCCAAUGGGACAAGGCAAAGCAGAACAGCAGAACCGGGAACAAAACCAAAGAACUUAAUUGAUCGGGGGGGAAAAGUGAUGAGAGUCAAAGGCUUGGGGCAUUAUGUGCACUGCCAGCCAGAGCGGAGAGAGAGGACGGGGAGAGGAAACGGAAAUGUCAAAAUACAAAGCAUAUAUUAAAAACAAGAUGGCUAACUAACAUACAGUAGGCCUAACAGACAGACAACAUCAAAACAGACAUGAUGGCAUUAUGAAGGUACUUCUGUAGUUUAGUAGAAUGAUGAGUAUGAUGGUGUGAUUCAGGGAGAAGGACUGUCUGAGACGCUUGUGGUUCACAUUAAUAAUAAACAUCAGUAUCCUUAACAGUACUAAGACAGAGUAGAACACAUGGUGCCUUCCAAGUGGCACCCUAUUCCCUACAUAGUGCACUACUGUUGACCAGAGCCCCGUAGACAUACAAUGGUAUAUACUAAACUAUGGCCUGGUAUUCGGUUACACAGCAGACGGAAUGACAGCGCAUGUUGUGGCUUAAUAUCUAACAAAACUGGAUAUUUCCUAGAUUGAAAUGGGCUUUCAGUAGAACGGGGAACUUUAGACCGGGGCCCUAUAGGCCUGUAUAUGGAAUAAGGAGAAAAGUGUCAUUUUCAGCAGUGUGAACAGCAGUGUGAACAGCAGUGUCAACAGCAGUGUGAACAGUAGUGUCAACAGCAGUGUGAACAGUAGUGUCAACAGCAGUGUGAACAGUAGUGUCAA